AUGGACCGGCUCAGUCGCGUGAUAUCACGGACGAACGCCAAGCCGUACCGUUCUGCAGGCAUUAAUGAUUCUGGUGCUCCUGCUUUAGAUGAACACGGACACCUUCAGUUCUCGGUCAACGACAUCGAAAAUCCCAAGAACUGGAGUACGGCACGCAGAUGGUACAUCACCAUCGUCUCCGUCCUGCUCGUCGUCAACGCCACCUUUGCCUCCAGCAGUCCGUCCGGCACGCUCAAGGGCAUCAGCAAGCAAUUCCAGGUGUCCGAGGAGGCUGCCGGCCUCGUCGUCACCCUCUUCCUGCUCGGCUAUGUCUUUGGCCCGUUGUUCUGGGCGCCGCUCUCCGAGUUUUACGGCCGCAAAUGGAUCUUUUACAUCUCCUUUACCUGCUACUUCGCCUUCAACUUCCUCUGCGCCUUUACGAAUAGCUUUGCUGGGCUUUUGGUCGGCCGCUUCAUCACAGGCACCUUCGCCAGCGCGCCGCUUUCCAAUGCUCCGGGAAUCAUUGCCGAUCUCUGGGGUCCCGUGGAGCGAGGAAGCGCAAUGGCCCUUUUCGCCAUGAUGACCUUCAUCGGACCCGCUCUCGGUCCAGUCAUUAGCGGCUUUCUCGAGCUUACCGAGAACUGGAGAUGGACCUUCUACGUCCUCAUCUGGUUCAGCUUCGGGACGAUGCUUCUCAUGUUCACGAUCCCCGAAACCCUCCCGUCAAUUGCUCUAGCCCACAAAGCCCGGCGCAUCCGCAAGUUGAAGAUCCCGGGCUACGAAGACGUCAAGGCACCCAUUGAGGCUACCGACCGUUCACUGAUGGGCAUCUACAAAGUCGCCCUAACCCGCCCAUGGAUCAUCCUCUUCGACCCAAUCUCCCUCCUCAUCGCCAUCUACAUCUCGGUGGUGUACUGUCUGCUCUACAUGCUCUUCUCCAUCUAUCCCAUCGUCUUUCAGGAGAAACGAGGCUGGAAUUCCGGUGUCGGCGAACUGCCUCUAAUUGGAACCGCGCUCGGCGCAUGGCUCGGCGGAGCCUACGUGUUUUGGGACUCGCACAGGAAUAAGAAGAAAAUGCUAGCCGGACACGAACUGACCCCGGAAGACCGACUGCCAAUGGCUAUGCUCGGUGGCAUCCUAUUCCCAAUAACCAUGUUCUGGUUCGCAUGGUCAGGAGAAUACAACGUCGUCCCCUGGAUCAUCCCCACACUCGCAGGCGUCUUCCUCGCCACCUCCAUCCUCCUCAUCUUCGUCGCCUACCUCAACUACCUCACCGACAGCUACCUGAUGUACGCCGCCUCCGCCAUCGCAGCCAACACCGUCGCCCGUUCCGCCGCCGGCGCCGCCGCGCCCCUCUUCACGAACUACAUGUUUGAAGCCCUUGGCGUGGGCGGAGGAGGAAGUCUCAUCGCCGGCGUAGGAUGUCUGCUCGCCCCGAUCCCGUUCUUGUUCUACAAGUACGGCAAGAAGAUCCGGGAGCGCAGUAAAUUCGCUCCUACGCCGAGCAAGGCUGAGGGCGAGGGAGAGACGUCGAAUGAAGAGCAAGACAGGCAUGGGAGUUCCAGUACGGAGCAGGAAGCAGAGAGGGAAUUAGAUGAGGAGGCGGGCAUUCCAGACCCGGCAGAGUUGGAGAAGCAGGAGGAGGAACUAAGGGAGAAAUCCAGUGGGAGUGGAUCUGGUGUUGCUCCUGGUCAAGAAGACAACGACGAUCGCUUCCUGGAUGCAAGUGGGAUGGAGAAGGCGGAGAAUCAUCGAUGA